AUGGGGAGGGGGAGAGGGGAGAGAGAGGAGGGAGAGAAGUACAUGGGGUUACUAAAACUAGUUCAAAUAUUAUCAUUUUUAGUUGUUUUUGUAGCAGGAAUUAUCAUAGGAUUAGCAACAAGUUCACACAUGAACCAGUUUUUCACAUCACAAUCUUUGUUGUUUUCAACGAAUCGAUUCUCAGCAAUUUCUCAGUCAAGUAUGGAACAAAAUUGCACAGUGGUUCAAACUUGUGAGGACGUUGAUUACUUGAGGUUUGAGAAGUUUAUUCAUCCAGAAAAAUUGAGCCACAAAUUGUCAGAUGAGCAGCUCUUGUGGAGGGCUUCAAUGGUGCCUUAUAGGGAAGAUGAGUACCCUUUUGAAAGAACUGUUAAAGUGGCCUUUAUGUUCUUGACAAGAGGGCCAUUGCCCAUGUUGCCUCUGUGGGAGAAGUUUUUUAAAGGGCAUGAGAAAUAUUUUUCUAUUUAUGUUCAUGCUCUUCCUGGCUACAAGCUUGAUGUUUCUCAAGAUUCUCCCUUUUAUGGAAGGCAAAUCCCAAGUCAGAAUGUUGACUGGGGAACAGUGGAAAUGGUUGAUGCUGAGAAGCGCCUUCUAGCCAAUGCCCUACUAGAAUUUUCGAAUGAGCGGUUUGUUCUUUUAUCUGAGAGCUGCAUUCCAAUCUAUAACUUCCAGACUGUCUACAAAUAUCUCACCGGUUCUGCCUAUAGCUUUGUUGAAUCAUAUGAUAAUCCCUCCCGUUAUGGGCGUGGCCGCUACAGUCGCAGGAUGCGUCCCGAUAUUAAGAUCUAUCAGUGGCGGAAAGGAUCUCAAUGGUUCGAAAUGCAUCGAAAGGUGGCUAUUUAUGUAGUCUCAGACGUUAAGUAUCUUUCUGUUUUCAGGAAAUACUGUAAGCCUGCUUGCUAUCCUGAUGAGCAUUACAUCCCAACUUACCUGAACAUAUUCCACGGAUCACUAAGUGCAAACCGGAGUGUAACAUGGGUUGAUUGGUCACUCGGGGGCCCACAUCCGGCAACAUAUAGGGCAGAAAAUAUAACGGAAGGUUUUAUAAAAUCCAUAAGGGACAAUAAUUGUUCAUAUAAUGAGGAGCAAACAACCAAGUGCUAUCUCUUUGCUAGGAAGUUUGCUCCUAGUGCACUGAAACCCUUGCUUAAUCUCAGCUCCAUAGUGAUGGAAUUUUGAAAAUCCUGCCCGGAGAUUUUCUGGUUUUGCUAUUAAUUAUCAUUUAAGCAUCUAAAUUUAGAGAGCUUUUAUCAUAGCUCAUAAAUUUUGUUAGGUUGAAUUGAUCUCUGUUAUUUUUAUUUUUUUUUCAAAGUGUACAGGUUUUUGUAGAGAGAGUUGGUUAAGGAUUGACCAUCUAGACAGUUUGCUCUGUAUUGGCAAAUUUUGAGAGAAAUUUUUGUGAAGAAGAUAGACAUGAAUAUAGAAAUUUAACUUCAUUUAUUGUUCCUCAACUGUAA